AUCACAUGCACCCGGUGCACGAUGUGCCGCCUCACCGGCUCUCCGCCGCCGGCACGGCGAGGCGGUUUCCUUCACAAUUUGAACUUCUUUCUCGGUUUCUGCGAACAGAAAUUGCUCCGACCCUGUUGAGUGUUGUGCUGAAAUUCUUCUCCUUUGGGCAUUGUUUCCGAUGUCGCUGCAGGCAUUGAAGGAGACCCUGAAGCCAUGCUCGAGCCUCCCCUCAUCCUCCUUCACCUUCUCCGCCUCCCCCGUCAAGCUGUCCCAAGAGCUCGAGCCCCGGAAACCCCCCAAGUCUUCUCUCUCCCAGCAGCUCCUCCGCCUUCAUGAAGACGGAGACCCUUUUCCUCUGCCGAAAGCUCCUCCCGAGAUCAAGGGAAAGGAAGCACGAGCCCAAUUCAAGCAAGAAGAUAUAAAAGAGGAGAAGGAUGACGAGGAGGAGGAUGAGGAAGAAGAAGGGGACAGAGGGAGGGUGAAAUUCGGUGGGCCCAGGUCGGUUCCGUUUCAGUUUGAUCACACCGGACCCUUCGAGCCGCUGCCCUUGUCUUCUCCGGGAGAAGCUCCUCUCGUUCAGGUUCCUGCAUCUAUCAACUGCAGGUUGCUUGAGCAUCAAAGAGAAGGUGUCAAGUUCUUAUACAGGCUAUAUAAGAACAAUCAUGGAGGUAUCCUUGGGGAUGACAUGGGGCUUGGAAAGACAAUUCAAGCAAUUGCAUUUCUCGCUGCUAUUUUCAGGAAGGACGGGGAAUCCAGUGAAAAUGCAAGCUCAAAGGAAAACCAGUUGGGGAAGAAGGGACCCGUGUUGAUAGUUUGCCCUACCUCUGUAAUUCACAACUGGGAAAGUGAAUUUUCUCGAUGGUCCAGCUUCACUGUUUCUAUCUUUCACGGGGCAAGCCGUGAACUUAUUCUCGAGAAAUUAAAGGCUCAGGGAAUUGAAGUGCUCAUAACAAGUUUCGACACGUAUAGGAUCCAUGGUUCCAUCUUGUCAGAUGUUAAAUGGGAAGUCGUGAUUGUUGACGAGGCACAUAAGCUUAAGAAUGAGAAGUCGAAGCUUUAUACUGCUUUUGCAGAUAUGAAGACUUUAAGGCGUAUUGGUCUAACAGGAACUGUUAUGCAGAACAAAAUCAUGGAACUGUUCAAUCUCUUUGACUGGGUUGCGCCACGAUCUUUGGGAAACCGGGAACACUUUCGAGAGUUCUAUGAGGAACCCCUAAAGCAUGGGCAAAGAUCCACUGCUCCUGAGAGUUUUGUUCGAAUAGCUGAUGAGAGAAAGCAGCACUUAGUUUCGGUGCUUCGCAAGUAUAUGCUGCGGAGGACAAAGGAAGAGACUAUUGGGCAUCUCAUGAUGGGGAAGGAAGAUAAUGUUGUGUUCUGUGCCAUGAGCGAAUUGCAGAAGAGGGUGUACAGGAGAAUAUUGCAGAUACCGGAUAUUCAGUGUCUAAUAAAUAAAGACCUUCCUUGUAGCUGUGGGAGCCCUCUAAGUCAAGUGGAGUGUUGCAAGAGAACAGUUCCUGAUGGGAUCAUAUGGCCUUACCUUCACAGGGACAAUCCCGAUGGUUGUGAUUGGUGCCCGUUUUGCAUCGUACUUCCUUGCCUUAUUAAGCUCCAACAGGUUAGCAAUCAUCUCGAGCUGAUUAAGCCUAAUCCCAGGGAUGAACCAGAUAAGCAAAGGAAGGAUGCGGAAUUUGCAGCAGCUGUUUUUGGGCCUGAUAUUAACUUGGUCGGCGGGAAUGCCCAGAAUGAGAGCUUCAUGGGUCUAAGCAAUGUUAAGCACUGUGGUAAGAUGCGGGCACUUGAGAAAUUAAUGUUCUCAUGGUCCUCUCGAGGAGAUAAAAUUCUGCUUUUCAGUUACUCUGUGAGGAUGCUGGACAUAUUGGAGAAAUUUCUUAUACGGAAAGGCUCUUCCUUCUCAAGACUUGAUGGUUCCACUCCGACGAACUUACGUCAAUCUCUUGUUGACGACUUCAACUCUAGUCCAAGCAAACAGGUGUUUCUUAUAUCAACUCGAGCUGGUGGCCUGGGCUUGAAUCUUGUGAGUGCAAAUCGUGUGGUGAUAUUCGAUCCUAAUUGGAAUCCCUCCCACGACUUACAGGCCCAAGACAGGUCAUUCCGUUUCGGGCAAAAGAGGCAUGUCGUUGUCUUCCGCCUACUUGCCGCUGGCUCCCUAGAGGAACUUGUUUAUUCCCGUCAGAUUUAUAAGCAGCAGUUGUCAAACAUAGCUAUUUCGGGUAAAAUGGAAAAGAGAUACUUUGAAGGUGUUCAGGAUUGCAAGGAAUUCCAAGGAGAGCUCUUUGGUAUCUGCAAUUUGUUCCGAGAUCUGUCCGACAAGCUAUUCACGAGUGAAAUCAUCGAACUACGUGAUAGCAAAGAGCUAGAAGGAGGUUCUUUACCUACAAGGGAAUCAGAUUCUACACAUCUUGGGACACAUUCCAUCCAUCAAGAUGAAAGUGCUACAUCCAUAUCUGUGGAUACAAAGGCGAUCGAUCCGGAGAGAACUGCCACUACUAAGCUAACUCUUGAAGAUCUGGGCAUUGUCUAUGCUCAUCGGAAUGAGAAAGUCGUGAACUUUGGGCGUGGAAUUGAGGGGAGUCCCAAAGGAGAGCCAUCUCAGGACAAUGAGUUGAAGGGUCCUGCAGUUAAGAGAAAACUGGAUCAUAAGGUCCUGGAACAACGUGAUACGACUGCAAGGGAUCAAAAGAAGGCACAGUUCAAGCUUAUUGCUCAGUUCAAGGGCCUGAACGAGCUCGAAUUCAGCAGGUGGUUGAUCUCUGCAACUCCUUCAGAGAGGGAAAAGGUACUUGGCGACUUCAAGAAGAGGAAGCAAAAGAAGAUUGCUGAAUAUUGAGGCUAGGGCUGCUUGAGGUAAAGGAAAUUAUUUAAGCUGUGUAUAAUAUAGAGGGUUAAUAAAAUAAAAUAAAAAACACGAGCUUUUUACAUUUUAACAGUUUUAGCACGAACUUUUUGUUUAACCUAAAAAUGCACAAAUUUUCGAUUUGAUAACAAUUUUAACACGGCGUCAAGUUUUUCGUUAAUUUAAACCGAACCGAGACUACAAAGGGCGUUGAUGAUCCCAAUCAAGGAGAGAGCGUCGGCGACCCCAAUUGACGGUGGUGGCUGGCCUCCACCCCCUAGAAUCGAGAGAAUCCUCAAAUUGGGAAUUUUCCCAAUUUCAGAGGGUGGAGCCAUGACCCUGGCUAUCACCCCUGAAUGGGAUCACCGACAUCCUCUGUGACUUCAAUUUCAUCUAAAUUAUCAAAAAAUUUGAUACCGUGCUAGAAUUGUUAUCAAAUGGAGGGUUUGUACAUUUUUAAAUUUUUUUUUAAAAAAAGUUCAUGCUAGUUUGUUAAAGUAUGAAAAGUUUAUUUUUGGUUAUUAACCCUAAAUAGAAGACGUAUAUAAUUUAGGCCUAAAUUGCAAAUAGCAAAUAAGAUUUCUUUGUUUCAUCU